AUGCACUUUGAUAAAUCGCCAAAUGAGAAGCCGUGUUGCACUCUGCCCACAGUGAAGAAACUCUUGGAGCAGAAGAGAAGGCGAGAGACAUCGUCUGUGCCCCCCCCCUGCUCUACGGCCAGCACAACUGCUGCUCCCCUAACCACUGCGACAUUGUCUCUAGCAGAAUCAUUUCCUUGUUCAGGUGCAUCAAGCAGCUACUCGGACAUGGAGGUGAGUUAUCCGUGGACCCCGGCACCGGAGUCUUCCGUCCAUUUUUACCCCAGCCAGCAUGGACCCAGCUACCCUUCAGCCUACAGCCUCCCAGCGACACACGAAUAUGGCACCCAGCAGCAGCUCCAGGGAUUUAUAGAUACAAUGCCCCAGACAUAUGAGAACCAGAUGACAUUGGCAGAUCCCAGUAUGGCGGCGUCUUGGUCAGGCCUGGGUCUUGCUCAGGCGACACAGCUGAGUUUUGGUCCGGCGAUAGACCCCGUCAAGCUGGAAGAGGCCCGGAUGCUUUUCAACGCGAUGGACUACAGCAGAGCAACAGGGCAGGAUGAGGACGGAGACACCAUCCUGCACAUCUACACUGCCAAGGGGCUCAGGGAGUGUGCCUAUGCUGCUGCAGAGAGGCUGAGGGAUGUAGGCAGGCUCGAUGCCAAAGAGCACAAGGGAAAGACCGCUUUACUGGUGGCGGUGACGGCCAACCAGCCAGAGAUCGUGCAAGAUCUGCUGUCAUUUGGAUCGGACAUCAAUGCAUGUGAUGUCAAAGGACAGACUGCCCUUCACCUGGCUGCCCACUACGGUUUACCUGGGGUUCUACAGGCAAUUCUGUCUAGCAGGCCGUCUGUCAACCUGGAGGCUCGCAAUUUUGAUGGUAUGACUCCUCUGCACUGCGCAGCCAUUUCUCACAAUGCCACUGUGAAGGCGUUCCCAAGCAUCAGGCUGGCAGAUGUUGGUCUUCAGACCGUGGCUGAUGAGAAACUCUCCUGUGUGAAGAUGCUCCUCGAGGCAGGGGCUUCCCUGCUCAGCCAGGAAAUCAAAAGCAACAAGACUGUGCUGCACUUGGCUGUAAAGGAGGGAAACAUUGAUCUGGUGACUUAUCUGCUGAGGAUUCCCCUGCCAAACAUGAAAGACUUUGUCAACUUGAAAGCUCAUGGCCACACAGCACUACACAUGGCAGCUGGUCUCCAUGGUAACCCCCACCAGGAGGAUAUUCUGCAGCUGCUGCUGCGCAGAGGAGCUGAUUCCAGCAUCCGCAACCUGGAGAACGACCAGCCAGCCCACCUGCUGCAGAUCGGGCCCAGGGGAGAGAAGCUCAAGCUCAUGCUGAAGAAACGAAGUGCUUCGUCUCGUCGACGUAUUGUGUCCUUGCAGGACCAGGAAUGAUAAGAAAAACAUGUGAUCCUCCUUUGGAGGGAAUGAGAAGUUACCUCUGUUAAGAAGGGGAUUUAAAGUGUAUUAUUAAGUUGCUUUGGGAGUCUCUGGCCAAUAUACUGUUAACAAACUAGUUUGGGAUAUUAAUCUUUAGAUAUAAUUCACAUUGGAUUAUUUAAAUGAUGCUUAAAGUCUAUAUAUGUAGAUAUAUGUUCUACAUACAGGGCGAAGUGUUCUGUGUAGGUGCAGCAUUUCAUUGCAAAAUAUUAUAUCCUCCAUUGAUAUCUUUUCAUAAAAUGUUAGUAUUUAAAUAUUUGACUGAUUUAAAUAUUGUGUAUUUAUUUUUGAUCAAAUUGAUAGUUUAGCUAUUUGAAAUGAAAGUCUUUUAGUGGCAGCAAUGACAAUAAUUAGUUAUCUUUAGACAGCAGAAUGAGGAAGGUGGAGUAACAUUCAUUUCUCUUCCCGGCUAAACUCCCAGUCUAACGUUGAUUUCUAUGAAAUCGUUUUUAUGAUCUCAGGGACAAUGUCCCUGAACCCCCUCUGAUUCUCAUCAAAAUCCCCCAUCAUGAUAAGUUUUCAUAUUGAUAAACUGAGUGAUGGUUCUGAUUUCAGUCAGCAUGUGUGCUUAUGUUAAGAAUAUGUAUGUUAAAGAAAUGACAAGAAGCUAUCACAUUAUUUAACUUUUUUUCUGUAUGCAUCAUACCUGCGUGCGUAAUAUCAAGUAAACAUUUUCUUUGUGGGAAAAAGACACUUGGCUGUGUAAAACUAUUGUAUCUGAAACUGAUUGUGACACAGAAUGUUCUUAUGACAGAGACAUUACAUGAGUAAGUGCGGUGACUAACUGUACAUUUUGGCAAUGAGUCAUGAAUAAAAGUAGCACUGUAUUUAAAGUUCCAUGUAAAUGUUUUGAUGUUCAGGGCACCAUUCGAAUAUUAUCAUUCAUAUUGAUCUAUUGAAAUUAGAAGGAUUGAAAAUACACAAUCCCACCAGAGGAUUUAUCUUCUGGCCCAAUUUUCAUUUUCACCAGUUUUACACGUCAAAGGUGAAGGUUUGUUUUGGACUGUAACUAGAUUCCUGUAAAGAUAAAUGAUGAUUAUGACAUAUGAUAAUAACAUUUUCUGAUAUCAACAUUAUUUACAUCACUUACAAAUAUGCAACAUGAUUAUUAAAGACAAUGAUAAAAUGAUGUCGA